AUGGAUCUUAAAAGUCCAGUAGGACCGCUCUGGCAAAAAGCAAUCACCUUCCUAGACUUGCCGCUGCUCGGUCGCCCAAUAGCAAUCUACGACGGCCUGGAAUCAGCGCUUCACGAUGCGGCUCGCCACACUGCAUUCCGAGCCACUUUGUCCUCGCCACAGGUCGCGUCCUUUCAGAUCAUCCAGGAAUGGUGGAACUGCUCGAUUGAGCAGGAAGAAUGGUUCGCAGAGAACCGAGACAAGGCAAAGCAGAUGGAGAUGCUGAAAAUGCAUGUUGUGCUAGACAACGCACCACCUUUAGUCAUCAGCAUGGUAUUUGGGAUUGGGCCUAGGCCACCUCGCAUCUCGACAUAUCGGCUGGAAAUCUAUCGGCUGUUCGCCAUGGAAUUCGAUCCGGCGGAAUACGACGACGCGCUCGAGGAAUCGGCCUAUCUCGAGCGACUCCAGCAGCUGCGAGAGAGAGCAGCCUUUUAUGCCACCGUCCAGAGAAUAACAUUCCCGUUCCGAGCCAUAACAGGCGCAACAUUACCAAGCACAUGCUCGGACGGGCUGUUCGGAGCAACGGGCCUAGCUGGACGUCCGUUGGGGCCGAGCAUCGAUCCAUGUCACUGGCUCAAAUUCCAGAAGAGUCGCGCAGGGUACCCUUACUUUCUAUGGCAUGUCGACGCGAGAAGGACUGUUAAGACCGAGGACUUAGCUGAACCACCACCGUACCUCUGUAUAAGCCACACCUGGGGAAGGUGGCGAGAUGAGUCGCAGCCACCAUUGAGCAUUCCUAUGGUACCGUGGGAAGUUCCGGCGAACACCAAAUUCCGUGUCCAAGACUUGCCAGAGCGGUUAGCGAAAGUUUUCCCAGGCAAUUAUAUUUGGCUGGAUCUCUUUUGUAUUCCACAAGACCGUUCUGAGCGAUCUUUGAUCGAGAUAUCUCGACAGGCAGAUAUCUUUGGGAAUGCGACUGUGGUUAUUGCAUGGCUGAAUGACAUACCUCGCUGGGACGGACUGCGAAGGGUCAUACGCUGGCUCAGCGAAUUUUGUCUCGAAAAUUAUACAAUUGUCAAUGCAAGUGAGAAGCUUCCACCAGACCUGGACGAUGAAACCACCGGGUUGGUCGAAGAGGAUCCGAUAGAUUGCGACCACUCGAGCAUCACUACGCCUUGGUUCACGUCACUCUGGACUCUUCAAGAAGCGUGCCUGAGGCCCGACAUGAUGCUCUACAACAGGAAUUUCGAGUGUCUCACUGUAGGACGUGACACGGUUGUGACGUUAGAAAGUCUAGCAGCCUUGCUGAAUUACACAGUUGGCAGCUACGACCAGAGUCCCUUCGAGACGAUUGUCAACGCGAGCAAAAUUCCAGAGAGCGCCAGGGCCGGCACGGUUCUUGACUACGAAGAUCUGAACUCGGCGUCUUCAGGCCGCCAGCGGCGUAUCCUCGGCCAACUCCCAAAGCAAUCGAAGGGCAUUCUGGAGCUGUGGGACGCACUGUUUAACUCGGGCAUAAAAGAUGUGUAUCGCACCACACCCGCAUCCAUCUUAACUCUCGGUCACUACCGUCAAUGCACAUCUAGCCGCGCUGAGGCCAUCAUGUCAGUAGUGGGCACCACUGACUGGUACAAGUCAUCCGUGCUCCAGGCCACGCUGAACAGCGAGAAAGAGGUUCUGGUCAUGGGCUAUUAUCCGACCGAAUUUCUAAACGAGGUGGUCCGUAAGGUCGAAGGACCGUUCUUUGCAUCAGUCUUCCCAGAUCUAGAUAUCGUCGAGUCGGUAGUCGAUCUGGCGAGUGGGAGAUGGGUCCCGCGCAAACCUUGUUCGGCAAUAGGAUCCAUGCUUCCCUUCACAUCAAUCCAAGGGCCAGUUGUGGGGCCGGUGAAUGGGCAUGGCGAGGCCUGCAGUCAUGAGUCAAUUCGCACGUGGCUGGUCACUGAAGAUGGGUCUGUAAAGAUAACGCAAGCCGGUAUCGUAGCAUCGUCCACGCGGCCGUCGACUGUACCCAUUCCGGCAAGCAUUAUGAUCCCGGGUAUUUUCUCGACCGGGAUGGAUAAAAACUGCGACCUGGGCGAGUGGCUUUGUACAUUUCGAGCUGACACCGGUUGUGCAAAUUUUGCUGUCAGUCUGUAUCAAGCAACGCGGAAGUUCCACGUCGGAAUUCUCCUGAAAGUGGUUGAAGCAAACAAGCUCGUCAAGAUCGGAACCUUUGUGACGCAUGAGCGCAAGAUGGCGGAGGUCGAGUCUGGGCAUGUAGACUGGAUUGUUCUGUAG